UGUUGUUACUUCCUGUUUUUUUGCCCGGAGCCGAGCCUCCUCCUCCUCCUCCUCCUCCUCCUCUUCCUCUCAUUUCCACUCAUUCUGCUCUGGAAACUCCAUUAUUAUUUUCUCCAUGAAAACUCACACAAACUGACAGCCGACCAGCGGCCCGGCGGGGAGAAUCCGGAUCUGCGGCCGGGCAGCAGGCGCGGGGAGCCGGGCAGACUUCACAGCAGGAGCCGCCGGUCUGCCGCCUCGCCUCGGUCCUGAUGGAUUUUACAUAGAGAGUUAUUCUCCGAGCCACUCCUUUGACACCAGAAGAAUGUCCUCCUCUCUGCCCGCUAAUGUCCGCUAAAGCCUCCCGGUAAUUAGCCCGCUGCUGGAACCGGGUGACCGGAUAAAAACGGUGAAGUUAGUCGGUGCUCGUCGUGUUGCUGCGGUCGCUGCUUUGACCUCCGCCGGCCGACCCGUCCUGCCGGCGGGCUGGACGCCGUUUCCUCCGCCUGGAAAACACCUCCGUGCCUCUGACACCGAGCUAAGGCUAGCCCGGCUCCCUGUCAGACAGCCGCCUGCUCCGGGACAAGCAGCCCGGUCCGUCCCGGGUCACCUCCUCGGUGGCUUUAAAAAGCCCGUUUGAGACCCGAGUUUUCCACCAGGAGUCGGUCCCGGUUCACACCCGCUGCAGCUGAGGACCCCCGGGCUGCAGCCUGCGGGCGGCUGCGGGUGUAGUCGGGUGUGGGUGUGCGGUCCUAUGGUCACCGGAGUGUCGGAGGCGGUGCGUCGCAGGUUCAGCCCGCUGUGAGGAGCCGCUGCAGGAUGGCGGAGCUGCAUCAGAGACCCACCUCGCUGUGCUGCUGCCGUAAAGUCCUCCCCGUCUCCGGGGGGCGCUGCGGGGACCCCGGCGGCACCACCGGGCCGGGCGCCGGGCCGGGGCGCUGCUCGCCGCUGGUGGACGUGGCCUCGGCCUCCAACUUCCAGAGCUUCCAGCUGCGGCACGUCCACCUGGACCUGCGGCUGAACUUCGCCGUGAAGGAGAUGAGCGGCUGGCUGGUGCUGGACCUGCUGGCCGCCCGGCCCGGCGUGCAGACCCUGGUGCUGGACUCGCACCCCUCGCUGCUCAUCCACUCCAUCGACUGCAAGGUGCCCGGCUCCGGACAGGACGCGCCCGUCUCCCUCACCUACCGGGUCGACCCCUUCACAGACUACGGCUCGUCGCUCAACAUCAGCCUGCCGGCGGCGGCCGCCAAGCCCAACAGGAUGUUCCAGAUCACGGUCCGCUACACCACCACAGACGGGCCGGCGAUCUGGUGGCUGGACUCGGAGCUGACCUGCAGUCAGUCUCGCCCUCUGGUCUUCACUCAGGGUCACUCUGUGUGUAACCGCUCCUUCUUCCCCUGCUUCGACACGCCGGCCGUCAAGAGCACCUACACCGCCACCGUCCGAGUCCCGGACGGUGUGACGGUGCUGAUGAGUGCGUCUCGCAGUUCCUACUCCAAGCAGGACCGAGUGUUCCAGUUCUCCAUGGAGUUCCCGGUGCCGUCCUACCUGGUGGCGCUGGUGGCCGGAGAGCUGCAGCACGUGGACGUCGGCCCGCGGAGCCGGGUGUGGGCGGAGCCGUGCUUGUUGUCGUGUGCGGUGAACAAGCUGGGUGGCAGCGUGGAGCGCUGGCUGGGCGUGGCUGAGGACCUGUUCGGGCCCUACCUGUGGGGCAGGUGUGACAUCGUCUUCCUCCCCCCCUCCUUCCCCAUCGUUGCCAUGGAGAACCCGUGUCUGACCUUCAUCAUCGCGUCCAUCCUGGAGAGCAGAGAGUUCCUGCUGAUCGACGUCAUCCACGAGAUCGCACACGGCUGGUUCGGCAACGCCGUCACCAACGCCACCUGGGAGGAGAUGUGGCUGAGCGAAGGACUGGCGACCUACGCCCAGCGCAGGAUCACUACUGAGGCCUACGGUGAGGCGUUCACCUGCCUGGAAACUGUCUUCCGAUUGGACGCCCUCCACAGACAGCUGCGUCUCCUAGGAGACAACAACCCUGUCAGCAAACUGCAGGUCAAGAUUGAGCCAGGAGUUAAUCCCAGCACGCUGAUGAAUCUCUUUACCUAUGAGAAGGGUUUCUGCUUCGUCUCCUACCUCUCUCAGCUCUGUGGAGACAUCAAACGCUUCGACAGCUUCCUCAGGGCGUACAUCUCAGAGUUUAAGUUCAGCAGUGUGGUGGCUCAGGACCUGAUUGACUACUUCCUGGGGUAUUUCCCCGAACUCAAGGACUCCGCCGUCGCACAGAGAGAGGGCCUGGAGUUCGACCGCUGGCUGAACGGGGCCGGCCCGCCCCUGUAUGAACCGGACCUGUCAGCAGGGGGCGCUCUGACCCGGCCCGUCCAGGAGCUCUGUGAGCUGUGGGCCGGCAGCGACCCCCCCGACCCGCAGGCAGUGGCGACCUUUGACCUCUCCACCUGGAGCACCUUCCAGACUGUUCUGUUCCUGGACCGAAUGCUGGACCAGUCGCCACUAGCACACGAGGUGAUGGUCAGCCUGUCUAGCUGCUACUCGGCUCUGUUUGACGGUCUGAACGCCGAGGUUCAGAUCCGCUGGCUGCAGAUGGUGGUGAGGAACAGUUUCUACCCCGACCUGCCUCGAGUCCGAGCCUUCCUGCACAAACACACAUCCAGGAUGUACACGGUGCCGCUGUAUGAGGAUCUGGUUGCCGGGGUGAUGAAAUGUGUUGCUGUGGAGAUUUUCUACCAGACGCAGAGCCGACUGCACCCGAACCUCAGACGAACCUUACAGCAGAUCCUCUUCCAAACGAACGCGGCAGUUGCCAAUCAGAACGGCCCUGCCCUCUCAUUAAUACCCGCCUCCGCUUCCCCCUCGCCCUCGCCCUCCCCCUCCCCUCAGCCCGCCCAACCCAGCGGCGCCACAACUGCUGCUAUCGCGCUGCGGGACGUCAACGUUUCAGCCUGAAAUCAGACCCGAGGCGUCCUGUCACAUGACACUGGAUUCGAGCUGCGGUUGGUCGGUUGUCAGCCGGCAGGUAUUUCGUGUUGGACUUGGCUCUGAAAAUUUGCUCAGCGAGAGCGGCUGGCGGACUUUGCUGUUGGUGGAGAGAUGAUACGGAUUGUUGCCGUAGCGACAGGGCAGCUGAUCUACCAAGGUGCCAACAGACUCAAUAAUAGAGCCGCUUACGACUUUAACACUGUGAGGAAAAACUUCCCAAGUUAUAACGACGGAAAGGUUCACUCCAAGGUUUUUGUUCCAGGUGGAACAGGGAUUGGGGGGACAAUGGGAGGGGUCACAGGGGUCACAUGACUGUUCAUUCUCAAGGGUCAGAGAGUGUCAUUGGCAACAGCAGGGUACGAUAGCGUGGUCCACAGGCAGCCAACCGGGCUGCUCGUGGGGUCCUUAAAGACCUUGAGAGGGUUCCAGGGGUCCCUCUGGGGGGCCGCGAGUCCUCAGCCGGGCUCCGGACGUCCUCGAGGGGAGCUCAGGUGUGUCCCAGUGGGAGUCCCUCAGGUCCCAGUGGCUGUCCCAGGCACGUUUUGAUGGGACCGCAGGAAUCUGUUCAGUUUUUUCAAAAUCCAUUUUGUUCGGUAAAAUAUUAACACGGUGAUUUGACAAGUUCGGAAUCUCAUCAUCCGUUUUGACUGAUGGAUCAGAGCUCGCUUCUCACCCUGUUUGUAGCUCCGUUGCUUCUUAACAAUAAUCUGUUAGUUUGCUCUCUAAUAUGAUGUAACAACAGAGGAUACAGACAGGUGGAAAAAAAAUCAAAGUGAAAGCCCAGCAUGCAGUGUGUUAGUUUGGUGUUGAACAGCUUCAUACGAACUCUCCUGGAAGGAUGGAGCUCCAUUCAUCCAAAAUAUCCUGAACAUUAUAAUAAUUAUUAUGAUAUAACCAUAUUACAUUAUUAGAUAUUGUAUCAGGGCUGCGGGGUAUAUAGUGGCUCUGGGCCACAGAGAUGUGGACAAAAGUGCUGAGUCAUUCUUUAGCAUAUUCUAAUCAAUACAAAUUCAUCUGACUCAUCACCUUCAUCCUGCUGAAAGCCCGUUUUUUUAAGGUUUUAUUUCACCCUCUCAACAAAGGUUCAUAAAAUUUCCUUUUGUUUUUAAUAUGGGGGGUAGUAUUCUAAUAAUUUAACUUCAAUUCUAUAGAAUAUUUGUAAGAAUAAUAAAUCGUUUAAUGUUUUUUUUUUUUUUUUGCUCAUUUAAAAAAAAAUGGCACAUUUUUGCUAAUGGCCUUCCCCCCCAUGUCUUCAAAAGAAAUCCAUUGGAUCUGCUCGGGUUUCGGAGGCUUCAUCCUGUGAGGAAACGUGUAUCCUGAUGAGGGCGUGGCCUCUUCCAGGAUGACCACGCCCCCAUCCGUAGAGCACGGGGGCUUACUGAAUGUUUUGAUGAGGAAGACGAUGAUGAUUAUGUGGAAACUUUGGACUCUCCACAUCAUCAUCAAAACACCAAAUGAGGGAAUGUCUUUCAGAGGAACGGAGCUCCACCCCUUCAGGGAGUUCCUAUGAAGCUGUUCAGCCGCAAACUGACACCCUGCAUGCUGGGAGUUUACUUUGUUCGGUCACCUGUCUGUAUGUUUUCUGUGCCUCUGCUGCCUUUAUCUGACGAGGAAACGAUUCAGCAGAAUGUUGAUGUUGGGAGGAACUCGGAGGAGUGUGGCUGACCUACUCAGUCGUUGCAGAGAGACUCACUGGAAGCUCUGGGACAGGGUCGGCCGCACCAUUUGGCGUCCUCAAUGCAACUUAAAACUGUCUGCAGAGGACGGCUGUGAGUUGGGGAAAAAAGUGGUGUUGUUGACAAUGAGGUGGUUUCUAAAACUACGGGUCCGGACCCUAAAUGAGUCUGCCUGGACGGCUUCCUCUGCAGGCCGCGAGUGUUUUUAUGGACUCUGGGCUUCAGGUUGAGGAACCUAGUGUAGUUGCAGGCUUGUGAAGGUUGAAGAUUACAGAACUUUAAGUGAUGUGUUAUAAUUUUACGGUUUAUGUUGUUUUUCUUCACCAGGCACUUUUCACUUUGUGAGAAAGUUUUGCGUGUUUGUUAUUUUAGCUUGUUCAAAACUGUCUGACCACUCAAAGAGGCUGUUGCUUUUUCUAGCAAACAUAUUUUCUUCAGAAAUUCUGCCUAACCUAGUUGAAAGUAAUUGGUAAUGCUAGCUAGAAGAUAACAAGUUAGCUUGCAGGUAGAACUGGCCAUUGAUAUCAAUAAGGACUGCUAACAAAACAGUGCUAAUACUGCAGUGCCAUUACAGACCAGUUUCCACCUCAACAUGAAAAGUGACAGAAGACAAAAUAACUAACGAGCUCUACCUCCAUCUGAACACCUCGACCCAACAGCCGACUAAUGACCAACCCUCAAACACGGAAACACACUUCCUGAACGAAUCUCUCCUGUCCUGAUACUUUUCAGUGGUUUGUUCUGAAUAUUGAGGCUGGUUCAGUUUGAGCUCCCGGGUCAGUUUGAGUGGACAGAAGCCCUGCUGUUCUCCAUCAUGUCCAGAUGCUUAAUUCACAUUUUGUUAUUUAUGACCGGCACCAGGAAUCUUCCCUCAGAGCAAUAACUAAUCCCUCCUUGUGAAACACAGGGAGAGGUAAAUGACUAGAACAACCAGCCUACAUACACCUCAGUGGCCUUAUGCUGCGUUCACUGUACCUGGGAGCUGGGGGCGUUUCCAAACUUUGAGAGAGAGUGAAAAAUGAGAAUUUUAAGUUGUAAAUGAUCAUUUAAAUUAGGGAUCGACGGAUACUGAUUUGUUAUGGCUGAUAUCCUGAUUAUUAGUAAUCCUGGUCACCAGUAACCGACAUAUAGGGCUGAUAUUCAUUUGUAAUAAAUUUGAAAAUUGCAGUGUCAAAGAAGAAAACUAGCCCAAAAAAGAAUCACCUGAAAAUCUGAAAGAAAAAUAAACUACAAUCAAAGUAAAUAAUGAUUGAUAUAAUAUAUAUAAAGGUCAGGUCAGUGAUGCUGGAUGAGAUUUACUUUGUUCAAGUCCAGUGAAACUUUAUUUAAACCUGUGAGCUUGUGUCUUUCAGGCAGGGCAGUCAAGGCAACACGCCGGGACUGAUGAUUGGUCGAUCCCUGAUGUCAGUGAUCAGCUCCGCGGUUCUGCUGCUGUAAUGUCUUGCAACAUUAAAUGGCAGAUGACAUAAGGAAAACAAACAGAAACUGUUGAGUCAUUUAGGAGUCUUGGAAAGCUUUGUGUCUUACAGGCUGCGAGCUGCUUGUUCCGGCAAGAGGGGGCGAUGAUGUCACAGUGAUGUCACCAGCCUCUGAGGUGGGGCUGGAGAUCCACACCGAGCUCAUCAGACUGAUACGGGAUCUGCUCCAGGCUGAUGUCAUGUAGCUCGACUGAUUCCUUAUUUCUUGUGGAAUCAAUAAACACACCGAAGCUCUUAAGUUGAACUGAUCGUAUUGAUUCGAUCCAAUUCGACAUGUAGCAGGAACAUAUUUUUUAUUCUUACUGUUGUAUUGUUCAGAGUUUGUGUCUUGAAAUCACAGAGGAAAUCCUACAUAUUCUCUGUUUUGGUGUGAAAAUAAUCAGAUGUAAAGAUAUUAAAUAUCUGAUAUUAGCAUUUCAAAUCUAAAAAAUCGGUGCCAGCCUCCAGGAACCCGUAUCGCUUGAACCCAGUUCUUCUCUCGUGACAUCACUGUCCUCUCAGCUCAGAAAUGCCCCAGUUUUCCCAGAUGUCACUGAACGCCCCUUAAAGUGCAGGUUUCUUCUGAAUGUCUGACAGGUAAUAAAGACCUGAAACUUCA